AAUCACCCACCCCCUUCAUUCUCUCGCUGAUAACGAAAAUAGAAACCCAAACUCCCCUUCCCCAUAAAUAAAUCAAAACAAAAACCUAAACAAAUUUGUUUUUAAAUGUCCAUGCCUCCCCCUCUUGUUAAUGAUUAUAGUAACUGCCAUGAUAAAUAAAACGUACAACUUUCUUCACUCUACAAUCAGCUUGCCAAGACUAAGGAAACGAUUCCUCGAAAGAAGCCCACCAAAGCAAGGAAGGGUCCUCAGCGAAAUAGACGGCCACACUGGACGAACUCGGCACCCCAUGUAUUACCAAUAUUUGAGGAAUGCGAAGAAAAGAGACAUUUUGUGGAACGCGGAGUGUUUAUGCCGCCAGACGCCCCCACAUCUGAAGAAGAACAAAAAAAGCUGGUGGAACAGCUCCUAAGUCUGUACGAUAACAGCAAUCUGCCCCCGGUGCCAGAAGGAAUGAGAUCAGACCUUCUGUUCCUGCGUUAUUACCCACAGAUGAAGACCCUCAUCCGGGUUCUGAAGGCCGAGCCAGGCAGGGAGAUCAAGCUCAAAGAUAAUUGCUGGUUUCUGUGUUUCGAGAACUUUCAGAUGGUGAGCAAGUCAGAACAGGAACAACUUAUCAAGCCCCACAUCUUGACGACAGCUGAGAACAAGUUUGCCUGCAAGUUUUGCGCCGACAGUGACGUAGAUGGAGGGACCACCAACAGAACUUAUUUCAACAAAGACAAAGACAUCAAACGACACAUCGCCAGUCACCUGGAGGAGCAGUUCUAUGUGUGUUGUUUCUGUGACUCACAGAACAACUGUGUUACCGACUUAAGAAGACAUGCAACUGGACACACAGAUUACCGACUGUUUCACUGCAAGAGCUGUAACCAGAGUUUUAUUCAGCAAGUCUCCUACGACACUCACAUGAAGAACCAUCAUGGCUGAACACAUAGAUAGAUAGAUAGAUAGAUAGAUAGAUAGAUAGAUAGAUAGAUAGAUAGAUAGAUAGAUAGAUAGAUAGA